AUGAUCACGAAGACUAAGCCUGGAGUAAUUCGCCCAGUGCCAGUAAGAUCGAAAAUAUUACUGAAAAAAGAAGAGGAAGUCUAUGAACCCAACCCUUUCAGUAAAUACCUGGAAGAUAGCAGCAAUCUCUUUUUUGAGCAGGAUGUGACAGUCUCUCACAAGCCUGUUUCUCUGCAUCCUUUAUAUCAGACUAAACUCUAUCCUCCUGCUAAGUCCCUGCUGCACCCACAGACCCUGUCACAUGCCGACUGCCUUACCCCAGGACCCUUCACUCACUUGUCCUCCUUCUCACUGAGUGAUGAACAGGAGAAUUCUCACACCAUCGUUAGUCACACCACGUAUAAUAAGCUGAGUCAUCCAAUGGUGGCUAUUCCUGAACAUGAAACUCUUGAUUCCAAAGAGCAGUGAUGUUGGAACAGAAGCUGAAAACACAGUCUGCUGAGGUUUUUGGAGUGCUGGUGCUAACCACUUGCUAGAUUUAACUUUUACUUUUUUUCAAAAUGAGUGCUCCCUUUAUGAACUGCAGUGCAGCAGAAGAGCUAAAGAAAGUUUGCUGCAGGCAUAUAGCACCACAUUACCCUACUAAUGCCCAGCAUAGGAGAGAUUUAUCUACAGCUUCUUGCACCACUGUCCAAGCCUUUAAUGCCUUCUAUUAAGCUGACAGCAAUACUAAUGUGCCCCUAUAUUCAGUGGUCAAAUAAAGAAAAAUCAUUGGUAAAUAGAA